UCCAGAAUAAACAUCCGCUCCGCACCCCGCCAAAAGCAAUGGGGGAGAAAUAUCUUUUAUCUUGUUUUCUUCCGCAGCACUCGACUUGAACUUUGAGAAGGCAAGAGGACAUUGGCCUUGGCCAUGGCCAUGUCUUGCAAUGGAGGACUUGUUGUAACCUUUGCCUCUCCUACUUCAAAGGUAUGCAUGAACACCUCUAUCUCUUGCUCUUCUUCCCACCUCUCAAUUCCUUCACCAAAUGAACACUCAAAUGACAGCACUAGUAAUAACAGCACAUUUAGCUAUAGCAGAGCCUCCCCAUCUGAGAGAUGGCCUCACCUUCAAAUUCAACUAGCUGAAACUUACCCUUUAAGUCAAACCCAUUUUUCACCUACCUCUCCUCAACUUACCCAUGUUGUUAAGGAAGCUGAAUUGUCUUUGGAGUCCUCAAAGUCUGAAACUUUGGAAGUGAGCGAUGAGACCCAGGAGAAAUUGGGGAGAGUAAGUAAGACUAGAGUUAAGAAAAUGAGUAAACUGGCAUUGAAAAGGGCCAAAGAUUGGAGAGAAAGAGUGAAGUUUUUGACAGACAGGAUUUUGGGGUUGGAACAAGACCAGUUUGUUGCUGAUGUUUUGGAUGAUAGGAAAGUUCAGAUGACACCAACCGAUUUUUGCUUCCUAGUGAAAUAUGUUGGUCAGGAGAACUGGCAACGUGCCCUGGAAGUUUAUGAGUGGUUAAAUUUGAAGAACUGGUAUUCCCCUAAUGCCAGGAUGCUUGCUACUAUCUUGGCUGUGCUGGGGAAGGCCAAUCAGGAGAUUUUAGCUGUUGAAAUCUUUACCAGGGCUGAGCCUGCUGUUGGAAAUACCGUCCAGGUUUAUAAUGCCAUGAUGGGUGUUUAUGCACGAAAUGGAAGGUUUCAGAAAGUGCAGGAACUGCUUGAUUUAAUGCGUAAGAGAGGGUGUGAGCCUGACCUCGUGAGUUUCAAUACUUUAAUAAAUGCCAGAUUGAAAGCAGGAGCUAUGGUGCCUGAUUUAGCUAUCAAGCUUUUGAAUGAGGUCAGGAGGUCUGGUCUUAGGCCAGAUAUAAUAACUUAUAAUACUCUUAUUAGUGCUUGUUCUAGGGAAUCAAACUUGGAGGAGACAAUGAAGGUUUUUGACGAUAUGGACAGCCAUAAUUGUCAACCUGAUUUAUGGACUUACAAUGCUAUGAUUUCUGUGUAUGGGAGAUGUGGGAUGGCAUAUAAAGCUGAGCAGCUGUUUAGGGAUUUAGAGUCUAAAGGGUUUUUCCCGGAUGCAGUCACAUAUAAUUCAUUGUUAUAUGCUUUUGCAAGAGAAGGAAAUGUGGACAAGGUAAAAGAGAUUUGUGAAGAAAUGAUUGAAAUGGGGUUCGGUAGAGAUGAGAUGACUUAUAAUACAAUUAUUCACAUGUAUGGGAAGCAGGGCCAGCAUGAAUUGGGAUUGCAGCUUUACAAGGACAUGAAAUUGUCAGGGCGGAGUCCAGAUGUGGUAACAUAUACAGUCUUGAUCGAUUCCCUAGGGAAAGCAAAUAAGAUAAAGGAGGCUUCUAAUUUGAUGUCAGAGAUGUUGGAUGCAGGUGUUAAGCCUACUGUGCGGACUUAUAGUGCUUUGAUUUGUGGGUAUGCUAAGACUGGAAUGGCUGUGGAGGCUGAGGAUACAUUUAAUUGCAUGCGGAAAUCUGGGGUUAGACCUGAUUUCCUGGCAUACUCUGUCAUGUUGGAUAUCCUUUUGAGAUGUAAUGAAAUAACAAAAGCAUGGGUGCUGUACCAGGAAAUGGUUCGUGAUGGUUUCACACCAGAUAAUAUACUUUAUGAGGUGAUGCUUCAGGCACUAACAAAGGAAAACAAAGUGGAAGAAAUUAAAAUGGUGGUUGGAGACAUGAAAGAACUUUGUGGUAUGAAUCUUCAAACUGUUUCUUCUUUCCUUGUCAAGGGUGAAUGCUAUGACCUGGCUGUACAGAUGCUGAGAUUAGGCAUAAGUAAUGGUGAAGCGCUAGAUGAUGAAAAUUUGUUGUCUAUUUUGAGUUCAUACAGUUCAUCUGGCAGGAACAAAGAAGCAUGUGAAUUACUUGAGUUCUUGAAAGAACACACUGAAGGGCCCAGUAAACUGAUAACUGAAGCUCUAGUUGUCGUACUUUGUGAGGCUUGCCAGUUAGAUGCUGCCUUGAAGGAGUACAGUAACGCUAGAGAAUCUGGUUCAUUUAGCAGGAGUUCUACCAUGUAUGAGUCCCUUAUUAGAUGCUGUGAAGAAAAUAAACUUCUAACUGAGGCUUCUCAGAUUUUUACUGAAAUGAGAUUCUGUGGUGUUGAACCUUCUGAAUGUAUCAUGAAAUGUAUGAUUAGGGUAUAUUGUAAAAUGGGCUUCCCUGAGACGGCACAUUGUUUGAUUAAUCAAGCUGAAGUGCAAGGUCUUCUGCUUGACAAUUCUAUUAUUUAUGUUGAUGUUAUUGAAGCAUAUGGAAAAGUGAAGCUGUGGCAGAAAGCUGAAAGUGUGGUGGGCAAUGUUAGACAAAGAUAUAUGAAUGUGGAUCGCAAAAUCUGGAAUGCCUUAAUACAGGCUUAUGCCGCAAGCGGUUGCUAUGAACGAGCUAGAGCUGUUUUUAAUACAAUGAUGAGAGAUGGUCCUUCGCCAACAGUAGAUUCCAUUAAUGGUCUAUUGGAAGCACUAGUUGUGGAUGGAAGAUUGUCUGAGAUUUAUGUGGUAAUCGAGGAGAUGCAAGAUAUGGGUUUUAAAAUAAGCAAGAGUUCUAUUCUUCUGAUGCUUGAUGCAUUUGCAGAAGCUGGAAACCUCUUUGAGGUGAAGAAGAUAUACAGUGGAAUGAAAGCUGCAGGGUAUUUUCCUACAAUGCAUCUUUACAGGAUUAUGAUUAGACUGUUCUGCAAGGGUAAACGGGUGAGGGAUGUUGAAGCAAUGGUCUCUGAAAUGGAAGAAGCAGGAUUUAAGCCUGAUCUUUCAAUUUGGAAUUCUAUGCUAAAGUUAUACUCAGGAAUUGAGGAUUACAAAAGGACAGCUCAGAUAUAUCAACAGAUUAUAGAAGCUGGACUUGAACCAGAUGAGGACACUUACAACACUUUGAUAAUAAUGUACUGCAGAGAUCGUAGACCUGAAGAGGGAUUAUCUCUGAUGCAUGAAAUGAGGAAAGUGGGUUUAGAACCGAAAUUAGACACCUUUAAAAGUCUGAUUUCAGGAUUUGGCAAGCAGGAACUGUUGGAACAAGCUGAGGAAUUGUUCAACGAUUUGCUUUUGAAAGGCUACAAAUUGGACCGCUCUUUCUAUCAUACAAUGAUGAAAAUAUAUAGAAAUUCUGGAAACCAUUCCAAAGCUGAAAACCUGUUAAGCAUGAUGAAAAAAGCUGGAGUGAAACCCACUAUUGCUACAAUGCACUUGCUUAUGGUUUCUUAUGGAAGCUCUGGACAGCCACAGCAAGCAGAAAAAGUCCUCGCUAAUUUGAAAGAAAUAGGAUUAAAUCUGACUACACUACCAUAUAGUUCACUCAUUAAUGCUUAUCUUCAGAAUGGAGAUUAUAAUGUUGGAAUUCAAAAGCUUAUGGAGAUGAAGAUGGAGGGCUUGGAAGUAGACCACAGAAUUUGGACAUGCUUUAUCAGGGCUGCAAGUUUGUCCCAGCACACAAGUGAAGCCAUUGUCCUCUUAAACGCACUUCGUAAUGCUGGAUUUGAUCUUCCUAUCAGGCUUAUGACAGAAAAAUCUGAGUUGCUAUUUUCAGAGCUAGAAAGUUGUCUUGAUAAGCUAGAACCUGUAGAGGACAGUGCAGCCUUUAACUUUGUCAAUUCCUUGGUGGAUCUAUUAUGGGCAUUUGAGCAUCGGGCCACUGCCUCCUGGGUUUUCCAAUUGGCAGUCAAGAAGAACAUUUAUCGACAUGAUGUUUUCAGGGUAGCUGAUAAAGACUGGGGUGCUGAUUUCAGAAAGUUAUCUGCUGGUUCUGCUCUUGUUGCUCUCACUUUGUGGCUUGAUCAUAUGCAGGAUGCUUCAUUACAAGGGUAUCCGGAGUCUCCGAAAUCAGUUGUUCUAAUAACUGGGACAUCGGAGUACAACAUGGUUUCCCUCAACAGCACACUGAAGGCGUGCCUUUGGGAGAUGGGUUCUCCUUUUCUUCCUUGCAAAACACGCAGUGGUCUCCUUGUAGCAAAGGCUCACUCCCUUAGGAUGUGGUUGAAGGACUCACCAUUCUGCUUGGACCUUGAAUUGAAGAAUGCCCCAUCUCUCCCGGAGCUGAACUCAAUGCAACUGAUUGAAGGAUGUUUCAUUAGACGCGGUCUUGUACCUGCAUUCAAGGACAUAACUGAGAGACUUGGAUUGGUGAGGCCAAAGAAAUUUGCAAGACUGGCUUUGCUAUCUGAUGAGAAAAGAGAGAAAGCCAUUGAAGCUGAUAUAGAGGGAGGUAAGGAAAAGUUAGAAAAGCUGAAGUCAAAAGUUGGGAGCAAAAGAACAAGGGUGGUGAAGCAACUCAGAAAGAGAAAAUUUAUAAGGAGACCUUUGUCAAAUCCUAAUUAAAAAAAUGGCAUAACUUCACUAAUUUUUUUUGGCAAUUUUACCUCUAUUUUGCUACUCUGGAGUUUUGAUGCCAGCGUUGUAAAUACUAAUGCCCUCAAAUAUUUGUUCCUUGAGUUUUGACUGCAUUGUAAAUACUUAUGCCCUUAAAUCUUUGUUCCUUAAUAAGAAAUUAUCUAAUCACUGUUAGUAGAGUUAAA